AUGAGUUCCAAUGAUGGAGUUUUGGCUAGUGCUGGACAGAAGGCCCAGGAACUAACCAACACCGUAACUGAAAAAGUUUGUGAUGCCGGAAAUGCAGUAAAGGAAACCCUGGCAUCGGGAUACGAGAAAGUGAGGGACACCGUAGCAUCCGGCUAUGAAAAGGUUGCGGGUGCCACCCAGGAAAACUGUGAUGAGGCUGGAAGGAAAAUCGAGGAGAACAAGGAUCACGCAGCCCAGAAGGCUGAUGAGGCACGAGACUACAUGGGAAGGAAGAUAAAGGAAGGUGCCGAUGCCAUCAAAUCGCACUAA